AUGCAGGGACUCACAGACUCGACCCUUCCCAAAUGGCGCUCCUUUGGGCUGCAUGCGCCGCUGAGGCGCGCGCUGCACUCGAUGGGCUUCAAGCAGCCGACAUCUAUCCAGUCUAGCACGCUGCCCCUCUCGCUGCCCGGCGAGCGCGACGUCGUGGGCAUCGCACAGACGGGCUCAGGCAAGACGCUUGCCUACGGCCUGCCGAUCUUGCAGUACGUGCUGGCCACGCUGGCCGACCCCACGCCUGCCGCGGCUGGCGCCUCGUCGGAUGCCGAGCGUGAGGACGCGCGGCCACUGGCUGGCCUCAUUCUGUGCCCGACACGCGAGCUGGCGUUGCAGGUGUCGAAGCACCUCAACGCGCUCGUCGAGGCCGCGACGCCGCCCGGCAAGAAGAUGCGCUUCGCCGGCAUCGCCACGCUGACGGGCGGCAUGAGCGAGGAGAAGCAGCGGCGCCUGCUGCACCGCGGAACCGGCGCCGACAUCGUCGUGGCGACGCCUGGCCGGCUGUGGGACAUGUGCGAGAGCGACGACACGCUCACGGCGCGCAUCAAGCGCACACGCUUCCUGGUCGUCGACGAGGCGGACCGCAUGAUUGAGACGGGCCACUUCGCGGAGAUGGAGCAGAUUCUGGCGCUUGUGCGGCGGGCGCCGAGCAAGGGCAAGAAUGCCGCGGUUGAUGUCGUGCCCACGUCGAGCAUCACCUCGGGCGGCAGCUCGAUGCAGACGCUCAUCUUCUCGGCCACGCUGUCGAAAGACCUGCAGCGGAAUCUCAAGCGCCGCAACCGGAAUCGCAAGAGCCGCGGCGGCAGCACGCUUGAGGACCUCUUUGACAAGAUCGACUUCCGCGACGACGACCCGGCCGUGAUCGACCUGACGCCUGAGCGGCGCAUGGCUGCCGAGCUCAAAGAGACCAAGGUCGAGUGCCUGAGCAAGGAGAAGGACCUAUACCUCUACUACUUCCUGCUGCGCUACCCGGGCCGCACGAUUGUGUUCAUCAACUCGAUCGACGGCAUCCGGCGACUGCUGCCGCUGCUCGUGAACCUGGGCAUCAAUGCCUUCCCGCUGCACUCGCAACUGCAGCAGAAGCAGCGACUCAAGUACCUCGACCGCUUCCGCUCGGCGGCCAUCGACGCGAGCGCGGCAGUGCAGGGGCGCAGCACGGGCACGGCCUCGGUGCUCCUCGCGACAGACGUGGCGGCGCGUGGUCUCGACGUGCCGGGCGUCGACCACGUCGUGCACUACCAGCUGCCGCGCAGUGCCGACGCCUUCGUCCACCGCUCCGGCCGCACAGCUCGUGCAGGACGCAGCGGUCUGAGCCUGGCGAUGAUCGACCCUGGAGAGAAGCGCGUGUGGCGCGAGCUGUGCCGCAGCUUGCAACGGCCCGACGACACGGCGGCGCUGCCGAUCGAGUACUCCUUCCUGCCGGCGCUGCGCGAGCGCAUCGAGCUGUCGCGCUCGAUCGACAAUGCCGUGCACAACCAGGCCAAGGCGGCACACGACGAGUCAUGGCUGAAGCAGCUGGCCGACGAGGCCGACAUCGACAUUGCCAGCGACCUCGACGGCGGCGACUCGGAUGUCGACGGAGGCGGCCGCAGCGGCAACGCCGGCGGCAAGAGCAAGGCGGCCCGCAAGGCAAAGGCAAAGGUCGAGGGCCUCAAGGCCGAGCUGGCCGAGAUGCUGCGCCGCCCGCUGAGCGCGCGCGGCGUCAGCCACAAGUACAUUACCAGCGGCUCGCGAGCUGGCUUCGUCGAGGGUCUGCUGGCCGACGAGCAGCACGAGUCAAUGAUCGGCGUCAUGCGCUCCACGGCCGAGGACGACCUGGCCGAGGCCGGGCGCCAGGGCAAGGGCCGCAAGAAGGCUGCCGCGGCACCAGCUGCGGCCCCAGCAGCGGGCAGCGACGCCUCGGACGCAGAGAGCGCUGGCGACUCGGAGCCCGAGCCCGAGCCGCGGGCGCAGCAGGGCAAGAAGCGCAAGGGUGCGCCUGCGGGGCGGGGGCGCGCCAAGAAGGCGCGUGGCGGCCGGCCCUGA